AUGGAUGAACCACAGAAAAUACUUGAAGUAUCUAUUCUUCUCGCAGGUACACCGAUACCAAAAGUGAUCGAGAAUUUUGGACAUUAUGGUGAACAAAUUUCAACACUCCUACAAAAUGCUAUUCAUAGUAGCAAGCAGAAACUAUCGCUGAGAAUCCGUAAUUAUGAUGUAGUAAAUAUGGAAUUUCCCGAAGAGAAAGACUUACUUGAAACGAAUGGUAUCAUAAUUACUGGUUCUGCCUCAUCAGCGUAUGAAGAUGUUCCAUGGAUUAAUCGUCUCGUUGAUUUUACGAAACUUGUUAUCGACAAACAUCAACAUAUUAAAUUAAUUGGUGUUUGUUUUGGUCACCAAAUUGUAGCCAGGGCCGUAGGGUUUACUCCAAAAUCUCCAAUUCAAGGAAUGAUAAAGGGCAAUCAAAUUUUAACAGUUCAAGGUCACCCUGAAUUUGUUAGUGGAGUGGUAAAAUUAAUGACUUAUGAUCGAUUAGAUAAAGGAAUUUUUGCUCCAGAAUUUGCACAUACUGCGUUGGAGGCUGCUGAUGAUAAGGAUGAUGGCUUAUUGAUUGGACAAAGAUUUAUUGAAUUUAUGACUGGUUAA